GCAAAACUUUCACAACGCCCAUAUCUGCGAAGCCACAGUCUGCCCAGUUGUGGAUGCUUCACUGGAUACAAGGAGGAAUAAAAACAACAUUUACAUCAGUUAGGCAUGCGUAUUAGUGCAGAUCAUUUUAUGCACAAACUGACAGCGGUGUAUAUGUUGGAGUGGGACGAAAAGUUUUCUUCUGUCUAUUUCGUCUGUCUAAUUAAGGGAGUUUUUGAUCUAAAGCAAAAUCAUGUUCACAAACUACAUAAAGAAUCUGAAUGAUAUGGUAUUUUCUACGUCUGAGAGCCCUGAGGAGCAGCAGAGCACUGGGGUCUUGGGUCGUAUCGGGAGCUGGCUUUCUCCAUGGAGGGUAAAAGGUCCGAAGAGUCCCACUGAAAAUGCCCCCCCAACCAGCGAUCAGGCUGUUAAGUCAGAAGGAGAGGAGGAGAGUGAGGAGUCUGUGAGACUCCAGGCAGGGGAACAGCAGUGGGAGGAGGAGAAGGAACAGAGCUCCAAUCCCAACCCACUCUGUCUCUCCAGAGACAUUUUCCCCUGUGAAGAGGAGGACGCCACGCAGUCUGCCCACAGAGACAACGCUUUUGUGAGCAGAACUGAGACAGCAGAAGGAGGUCCAAAAAAGGAGGAGUUUGUGGAGUGCAGGGAGAAGAGAGUUGGGCAGGGCAAGGAGAGGGAGGAGAGCAGUAACAGUACUUCAGUGAGCGGGAAUCUUGAGAAGAAUGCCAGUCAUCUGACACAUAACUCUUCCUCUUUUGAGCAGGGAGUGGUAUGUGACUCUGAGGGGGCCCACACCAAACCUCAGGCCCAGAGACAAGCACAGGCCCAGACAGGCAGGAGGCUCCAUGUGUACCUGGAGGAGACCAGCGUAAUUCACUGCGGCCAAAACAGCUGUUCUGGACAGGAAGUUGUCCAAACCAAAGUCACAAAAAAGAACCUAAAGGUCCUUGGCAAAGCUAAGUCAUCACCGGGUUUGGAUUUGAAGUUAAGUUCAACAAGUGCAGAGAACAAAAGGACAGAUGUCAACAGGACAGAUGUGAGCCCUGCUGUUGAGGCACAGAGUUAUUACAGUGCCGUAGUGGGAGUGUCACUGAAAUCCCACAAGGACUCGCAGUCAGAGCCUGAACCUGAAGAACAAACAGAGGCUGACAGCAUGGGGCGUAAAAACACAGCCAGAAGGAAAUACAGGAAGAACUCGCAGGGAGAUGGAGCAGACAACUCCCAGGAGAAAGUGCCUCCCAGUCCCCAAACUGUCCCAGAGGGAAUCCCAACAUCAGAUAACUCAGUGACAAGUCCUCAGGGCCAAAGUCUAAAGACUGACAUGGGAGAGUCAUCUGUAAACUCCUCCUCCAAGCCCAGCCCCACCCCUCAGGCUUCACCUGAAGGAGCAGAGAGUAAGGCUUCCUCUUCCGAUACAGUCAAGCAGUUGGACAACUUCCAGGAAUCAAACUCAGUCAUUGCAGCCACUCUGGCAUGUGUUGAUGUGGGUGCAGACAUGGAGGACGACGACGGUCUAUACAAAGUAGAAAGGAGGACAGAGACACCAGAGUCCAAACGCAGGAGUAUGAAGGUUUCUCGAAGUGAGCUGAAGUUUUUUCCAAAAUGUGUGCCUUUGAAUCCGUUGCAAAAUCCGACAGAAGACACACAGGAACUUAAGGCAGCGUUUAAGAACAACAAAGAUGAAGCAAAGGAUAAGCCCAAGACAGAGACUGAUGCCAGACUACACAAGCUGAAGGAGCCUAAGCCAGUCGUUGGCCGCCUUGCGGAUAAAAUCAGCCUCUUUGAGCCCUCGGCAGGGAGGGGCAGCAAGCAGACCUUCCAAACCCAGAGGAGUGCUGAUGUCUCUCCAGUCAGGAAAGCCACAGGGAGGCUGAAAGCAGAUUUUGUGUUUUCAGACCAGAGAGCAAGUUCAGCUGAACGUCACGGAGUGGCCAGGUCCAGCUCUGUGUCGCCCAUCAGGGAGAAGCCAAUGACGAUCAAGGAGCGAGCGAGGAACUUUACAGAGGCCUCUAAAACAGAGGACAUGGCAAGGCUGCCUCAAACACCAGCCAUGAAAGGAAUGUCUGACAAAGCAACCUUGUCUGUUGCAGUUGCUGCAUCAAAGUCACCAGAACUGGACCAUCAGGGUAGACUGGAUACCAAAGAGCAAAUACAGAUAGCAAAGUCAGAUGCAACAUUGAAACCAGAUGGACAAGAUACCACCGCUGUAGGGGUAAAGAUUUCCAUAUCUAAAGAAAAGCCAACGAGCUCCAAUACAAAUGACACGGUGGCCUCAAAAACUGCAGAUCAGGGUACAAAAACUAACAUUGUUGAAACUGAUGUUUCAUCUAAAGGGCCGGGUGAUUCUGCAGAACUGACCAAUAGCAUUAGCCCACAGUCCAAAGGCCCGAGCAGAACAGGCUCCCGCUCUAAAAGAAGAAAAGGUCGGGAACCAACCAGUCCCAUCAGCCCAAAUAGUGAAAACAAACCAGAUUGCUUUCUAAGUAAGCCAGAGCUCACUGCUAUUAAACAACAACAGGUGGAUGAUACAGAGGUGGGGGCUUCUGCUUCCAAACGGGACUCAUUACCAUCUAAAAAAGCCCAAGGAAAUACAUCAGACAAACAGAUACCUGAAACUGAAACUAAACAAAAAGCAUGUAAGAAGGAAUCGGAGGUGUUGGACAUACAGAAGAAACAGUUAGAUUCUUCAUUUAUAAAGGAGAAUAUCGACAAACCAGUUAGCAAACAGGACGGAUUGCCUGAACCAUCUGUCAGCAAAGAUGAACCUGAUACUGCUGCCAUUAGCAGCGAAACAAAGACGCCUAUUGACAAAGAUCCCGGUAUUUUACCCCAAAAGGAAGAAAAGUCAGGGGGACACAGUCCCUUAUUCACACAGAGGAGAGACAAGGCCUCCAAGGACAGCAGAGAAACAUCAACCUCCUCUCCCUCCCCUGCAGUUGAACGACCUACUGUGAUGUCUUCGAUGGAGCAAGAGACCCCUGUUGAACGUCCUAAAUUAGAUAAAGAAUUGUCGAUGCAAUCUGAAUCAACAAGUAAAGUGAAAGUGAGUGAUGAGAAUAAAAAAGACACUGGGCAACCCCGAAACAAAGACAUAGAACUAACAAAUCAGGCCGAGAGUAAAGAUGUGGAUAAAUUAGAAAAGGUAGAGGGUGAAAAGACAAAUCAAGCAGAGAGGAAAAGCAAUGACACAGCACAGCAACAGCUGCAUUCUGAAAAAAAUACCACGAAGGCCAAGGUUUCUGACAGCAGACAAGGUAUCUCAGGGACAGAGAGUAGAGUGGCAAGGGAUGAUGACAGAAAAAAUGCUGAAAGAAAAGACGAGACACAGUUGGGCAAAGCCAUAACAAAACCAGCCAAACAAGCCUCUCAGUCCUCGGAAAAGACCGUUGUAAAAUCAGAUCUUACUGCUCAAAAACAACAUGUCGGAAAUACAAAGACUACACAUCCCGAAAAGGCCGCUGUUUGUGCCAUCCCCCAGACUAAUGAGGCUGUGUGUGUGUCUAAGAGUGAGAAAGGGUCGUCAGAGGAAGAAAAAGCAACUAAUGGGCCUCCUGAGUUGCAAACAAAGUCUGCAGAAAGCCCUGGAACCGAGACACAGCCAGUAGUGAUUGCAGAAGAACAACAGCCUCAGUCUGUGGAAAAAAACGAGAAUUCACCAGAUGACUCAUGUGCACAUGGAGCAAAUGAUGCCCAGUUCUCCAGCUCAAAGUCUAUUACUAAAUCAACCACAGCAGCUGAGAAAGUAACUGUAAAAGCCGCUGGUGGCACUUCAGCGCUGAUAACUGCACAGAACGAUAAUGUGUCAGAGAAAGAACUAAGUGUUAAAGAGUCUACUCCUAUUUCUGUCUCUAAAUCUACAAGCAGCAAAGGAGCAGGGCAAGAUGAUGGGGAAAAAAGUGUCAAAUUAGUGCCCCCAGAAGUCAAAGUCGCCGGAGAUGUAAUAAAACUAGCGCCACAGUGUGAGGAAUUAAAAAAAACAAAGAGCACAAGUGACACUACUCCACUCAAGGGCUCGAAAAUAACAGCACAAAGCCCUUCUGAUAGUGCUGCUUCUAGCUCUACAGUUAUUGUGGGCAAGAAGACAGCUGAGAAAACAUUCCGUUCACCAAUAGAUGAACUUGAAACUGUUGCUAAUGGUGACAUCUUCCCACAUCAACAACUACACACAGUCAAAAAGGAACUGGUCAAUAACAAGCCAAGUCAAACUCCAAAAGCACCCACUUCCCCACAGGCUAAUAAGCCGAUCCCAGACUCAACCCAGCGUUCAACCAUGAAGAAACUCCAUUUGCCACGGGUACUAAGCAAAGACGAUUCUGCAACACGACAAGACGCCCCCUCAAGCUGGCUGGAUGUGGACUUUCCUAAACGGAGGCUUAAAGUCCCAGUGCCCAAACUGAGCUCUUCUGGAAGUGAGAGCAAUCUUCUUGACACCUCUGGUGAACUAGAUGAUGAUGAUUUUGUUGAGAAAAUCAAGAAGCUUUGCUCCCCGUUCUCCCUCCCACCACGUAAACACAACCAACUCCGCCAACCUCAGCCGCCAUUUGCCAUGCCUGCCAUCAGGGAGGACCGCUUUGAGAAGACAUUUGACCCCGAGGAGUUUAAGUUUGGCCUGAGGAAGAAAAAUCAAUUCACAGUAGACCCAGCCCCAGGUCUUUUGGCCAAGCUCCAGAACAAGGAGACAAAAUCUGGCCUGAAGCCUGCCAGGGCUAGUUUGGCAGACAGGAGCAUGCUGCUCAGUAGCCUGGACACUCACUCUCGCCUCAGGGACAAGACCCCUGUCAAAGAUGAGGAAGAUGUCAAGGAGGAGAAAGAUGACCAGGUCAAGGUGAAGUCUCGCUUGGAGGGGAGCUGUGUCCUCAGCAGCCUCACCUCCUCCACCUUAAGAGGAAAGAGGAAUGGAGUUCAAACGCAGGCAGAGGGCACCAAUUCUGGGGAUGUGUCACCUAGUGAAGCCCCCCAGCUAAGCCCUCCACCUUUAACCCAGCCACCCCCACCAAGCCCAACUGCCGCAGCUCCACUCAAAGACACACUGGCCCUGAGCAAAAGAGAGGAAGCCCAGGCUGUGGUCACUGACUCAGGUCCUCCACUUCCCUCCUUUAACGACAUCAAGCUGCCGGACUAUUUAGAGAAGUACCUCCCCCGCGAGCCAGUGAAACCAGUGCAGAGCAUACAAGGACAGCAGCAAUUCAAAACUAAGAUAAGAACUGCCAAGGGAUUUCACAAGCGCCCUGGAAAGAUGGUGUUGUUUGAGAAAGCUCAUUUCAGUGGCCAGGCGCAUGAGAUUUACAGGGAUGUAGCAGAUGCUACAUCUCUGCAGCUAUCACCUCUCAUAUCUGUGAAGGUUGUUAGAGGAUGCUGGGUGCUCUACGAGAAGCCUGACUUCCAGGGACGCUCCAUCGCCUUGGAGGAGGGAGGUAUUGAAUUGACAAAUGUGUGGGCAGAGCCUGGGCUGGAGACAGAACCACAGAACAACCCAUCAAUGCUGAUUGGCUCGAUUCGACUUGCUGUCCGGGAUUACAGCCUCCCCCAUAUCGAUCUGUUUACUGAACCGGAAGGCCGCGGCAGAGUAUUGCCUUACCAUGAUGACACAAUAGAGACGGGCUCUUUUGGCGUCCCAGUGAGCACUGCUUCCAUCCAAGUGCACUCUGGGGUGUGGCUGGUGUUCAGUGACCCGGGGUUCCAGGGCAUGAUAGCUGUGCUGGAGAAGGGAGAAUACCCUUUUCCUGAGACCUGGGGCUUCCCAUCACCCUUUGUUGGAUCUCUUAGACCACUUAAAAUGGGUGGUUUCAAAGUGGAGAAUCCCAAUGAAGUCAAGGCUGUGGUGUAUGAGAAGCCUGGCCUUGAGGGCUCUUGUUUGGAAAUCGAUAGUGACAUUUUCAACUUUUGUGAAAGUGAAGCCAUUGCUGCAGAUGGAGCAAGUUUUGACCUAACAAAACUGAACUCUGUGGGUUCUUUAAAGAUCAUCGGAGGACUCUGGGUGGGCUACAGCGAGCCUGGGUUUGAGGGCCAGCAGCACAUCCUGGAGGAAGGAGAGUACCUGGACUGCAGCGACUGGGGAGGCUCAGAGCAGCUCCUUUCACUGCGACCAAUACUGGCUGAUUUCAUGUCUUCGCACCUCAAAAUGUUCAGCGACAUACAAUUUGGAGAGCUGGGCGUCAACAUUGACCUCACAGUGCCUGUGAUUAACAUGGACGACACAGGCUAUGGCAUGAAGACGCAGUCAGUUGAUGUCAUGGGUGGUGUCUGGGUUGUGUUUGAGGAGCCGGGCUUUUGUGGUGAGUGCUACAUCCUGGAGAAAGGCCUGUAUGGAAGCCCGGAGGACUGGGGGGCGCUACAGCCCAGAGUUGCCUCAGUAAUGCCUGUUGUGCUGGAUGAUUUUCAGAACUCUGCCAAGUUUAAGGUGCAGCUUUUCUCUGAACCAGGUUUUCAAGGCUCUGUCCUCCCUCUGGAGGACAGUGUGGCAUCCCUGCAGGAUGGCGUCUCUGUGGCCUCGUGCAAGGUUCUGGCUGGAAGCUGGCUGGCAUUUGAGGGUCAGGACUUCACUGGAAGGAUGUAUGUGUUAGAAGUGGGGAGCUACCCAGACUUGAGAGCAAUGGGAUGUGUUAAUGCGAGCUGCUCCAUCCUGUCACUACAGACUGUUGGCUUUGAGUUUUCCCUGCCGUCGAUUACUCUGUUUGAGCGGUGUGGUCUGCGGGGGAAGAGGGUUGUUCUGACAGAUGGAUCAGUCAACCUCCAGCUGGCUGGAGGCUGCACCAGAGUCCAGUCUGUGCUAGUGGAAGGAGGCAUGUGGGUAUUAUAUGAGGGAAUCAACUAUCGGGGUCCUCAGAUUUUGCUGAAACCUAGUGAGGUGCCUGAUUGGCGCAAGUUCAGCACCUGGCAGAAAAUUGGAUCCCUCCGCCCUCUUUUACAGAAGAGAGUGCACUUCCGUUUAAGGAACAGACAAACGGGGCUCAUGAUGUCAGUGACCGGCGAUUUGGAUGAUGUCAAACUGCUGCGAAUCCAAGAAGCAGAAGAGACUGAUGAAUUUGAGCAGAUCUGGUUCUACCAGAAUGGACAGCUCCACUGCAAGCUGCUGGAGGAGUGCUGCCUGAGUCCCAGUGGUAGUGUGACGAUAGCAGGAAGCCGCGUGGGUCUCACUCCAGAGCCCGACAACCAAAUCCACCUGUGGAGCAUCACCCCUGAGGGCUUUAUCUCCUACACCCCCACCUCUGAUCUGGUCCUGGACGUCAAAGGGGGCCAUCACUAUGACAAAAACCAAGUGAUUCUACAAACAAGGGAUCCAAGUAAACUACAGCAAAGGUGGAAUGUGGAGAUUAUAUGAAAUCAUAUGAGUUGCUGGACUGGAUCCUGAAUAUUAUUAUCAGAGGAACAGCUCUACCAGAGGCUCUGUUAUGCAGCUGGCGGACAAGUGCUCAAGGGCGAGGUACGUCAUUAGAGAUGUUCAACCUCUGCUGCUGCAAGACUACAAACAUUUCCAAUGAGGAGGUCAACAUGAAGAGAUGUGGAUAAAUCCGUAAGAAUGUAUUACUACUCACAGCAGAGUCUGAACUUCAUACUUUACAAUUAACCAGUAAUAUAUUGAGUCUUAUUUUUUGCCUUUUCAUUGGAUAAAUCUGUUUCUUGAUGUUAAUUAACUUAAACAGUGUUAACACUUUUUAUGCAACGUCAUAUAUAUAUGUAUACACACAUAUACACGUAUAUAUACACACACAUUAUAUAUAGCCUCAUUUUUCAGCUGCAUGCUACAUUGCGACAUGAGGAAACAAAAAAAAAGUUUCUCUUGAAAUGUCUUUUUCUUUGUUUGAUCAAAAUUAUCCAGCAUACUUGUUUUCAGAAUGGUAAUAAAAGUAUUUUUGUCAAUA